AUGCCUACACCCGAGUCGGAGCUGUUUCUGCGCCAGAAACCCAAGGUCCCUCCGACGUUCCAGGGCGUCGAUUUCCAAGACAAUGAAGCAGUCGCCGAUGCAAGAGACGCAAUUGUUCGAGAACAAUGGGUUCAGAGGAUGAUGAAGAGGUUGGUGGGAGAGGAAAUGGGCAAAUGCUACGCACGCGAAGGUGUCAACCAUCUUGAGAAAUGCGGAAAAUACAGAGACCGUUAUCUCCAGCUCCUCAAGUCGACGCGCGAAGCCGGUUUCCGCGGCCAACAACAAAAUUAUAUCCCUGGUGUAGAUGGUCCCGCAGGUGGCCCAGAGGUUCAGACAGACUACCCGAGCGCACAACAGGCCAAGGGUUCCAGAGGAUCAGAUCUCAGACCUGGCAACACGACAGGAAAGGGCGGCGAUGCAUUGUACUAA